GGGGAGGGCCCGGGAGCGGCAGGACCCCUGCGCCUGAGACACCGCCGGAACCUGAAGGAAACAGACCAGAUAAACAGGUCUCUGCACCCAAAUCCCGUGGGAGGGAGAGCUGAACCUUCAGAGAGGCGGACACGCCUGGGAGACCAGAGGAGACUGCACUCUGUGCACAUCCAGACGCCAGAGGAAAACACCAAACGCCAUCUGGAACCCUGGUGCACGGAGGCUCCCGGAAAGAGCGGCGCAGAUCUUCCCGGUUGCUGCCACAGCGGAGAGGACUUGGGCAGUACCCCACGAGCAAACUUGAGCCUUGGAACCGCAGGUAGGACCAACUUUUCCCCUGCAAGAAACCUGCCUGGUGAACUCAAGACACAGGCCCACAGGAACAGCUGAAGACCUGUAGAGAGGAAAAACUACACGCCCAAAAGCAGAACACUCUGUCCCCAUAACUGGCUGAAAGAAAACAGGAAAACAGGUCUGCAGCACUCCUGACACACAGGCUUAUAGGACAGUCUAGCCACGGUCAGAAAUAGCAGAACAAAGUAACACUAGAGAUAAUCUGAUGGCGAGAGGCAAGCACAGGAACCCAAGCAACAGAAAGCAAGACUACAUGGCAUCAUCGGAGCCCAAUUCUCCCACCAAAGCAAACACGGAUUAUCCAAACACACCAGAAAAGCAAGAUCUAGUUUCAAAAUCAUAUUUGAUCAUGAUGCUGGAGGACUUCAAGAAAGACAUAAAGAACUCCCUUAGAGAACAAGUAGAAGCCUACAGAGAGGAAUCGCAAAAAUCCCUGAAAGAAUUCCAGGAAAACACAAUCAAACAGUUGAAGGAAUUAAAAAUGGAAAUAGAAGCAAUCAAGAAAGAACACAUGGAAACAACCCUGGACAUAGAAAAUCAAAAGAAAAGACAAGGAGCUGUAGAUACAUGCUUCACCAACAGAAUACAAGAGAUGGAAGAGAGAAUCUCGGGAGCAGAAGAUUCCAUAGAAAUCAUUGACUCAACUGUCAAAGAUAAUGUAAAGCAGAAAAAGCUACUGGUCCAAAACAUACAGGAAAUCCAGGACUCAAUGAGAAGAUCAAACCUAACGAUAAUAGGUAUAGAAGAGAGUGAAGACUCCCAGCUCAAAGGACCAGUAAAUAUCUUCAACAAAAUCAUAGAAGAAAACUUCCCUAACCUAAAAAAAAGAGAUACCCAUAGGCAUACAAGAAGCCUACAGAACUCCAAAUAGAUUGGACCAGAAAAGAAACACCUCCCGUCACAUAAUUGUCAAAACACCAAACGCACAAAAUAAAGAAAGAAUAUUAAAAGCAGUAAGGGAAAAAGGUCAAGUAACAUAUAAGGCAGACCUAUCAGAAUCACACCGGACUUUUUGCCAGAAACUGUGAAGGCCAGAAGAUCCUGGACUGAUGUCAUACAGACCCUAAGAGAACACAAAUGCCAGCCCAGGUUACUGUAUCCUGCAAAACUCUCAAUUAACAUAGAUGGAGAAACCAAGAUAUUCCAUGACAAAACCAAAUUUACACAAUAUCUUUCUACAAAUCCAGCACUACAAAGGAUAAUAAAGGGUAAAGCCCAACAUAAGGAGGCAAGCUAUACCCUAGAAGAAGCAAGAAACUAAUCAUCUUGGCAACAAAACAAAGAGAAGAAAAGCACACAAACAUAACCUCACAUCCAAAUAUGAAUAUAACAGGAAGCAAUAAUCACUAUUCCUUAAUAUCUCUCAACAUCAAUGGCCUCAACUCCCCAAUAAAAAGACAUAGAUUAACAAACUGGAUACGCAAUGAGGACCCUGCAUUCUGCUGCCUACAGGAAACACACCUCAGAGACAAAGACAGACACUACCUCAGAGUGAAAGGCUGGAAAACAACUUUCCAAGCAAAUGGUCUGAAGAAGCAAGCUGGAGUAGCCAUUCUAAUAUCAAAUAAAAUCAAUUUUCAAUUAAAAGUCAUCAAAAAAGAUAAGGAAGGACACUUCAUAUUCAUCAAAGGAAAAAUCCACCAAGAUGAACUCUCAAUCCUCAUCUUCGGUUGGUUUAUAUACAAGUGUGCAAUUUCUAGGCAUGAAAGUAAAAUGAUGCUAUCUGGUGCUGGAUAGAGGAGCCUUAUUUUUUAUUAUGGCAGUUUGCUAUUUUUGUAACAUGGUGAUUUGGUUGAACACAAUAAAGUACAGUAGUAACUGAUCUCCCCUUCUUCCUGGAUGAGUGAGGAGAUGAUUAAAUGUUGAUGUCAGCAUCCUUGAGCAUAUUCAGAUGAGCUUCUGCUUCUGUUGAAAAGGAUGCUGUGUUUGAUUGUGGUCCGAAGCUUUGAAGCACUACUUGGCAUCUCCUUCCUUGGAGGUCUCACUGUUUAAACAUAACAGAUUUGAUAGCUUGUUGGUAAGGUGAGGUCCAGCUUGUCUCCACUAGGUCAUCUUCAUAUGAAUCCGGUGGUUAUACGGUUUUGUUCUAGGGAUAUUUCAUUUUUUUAAUAACAGUUUUAGCUGACAUUCAUGGAGAGAAUGAAUCCUUAGAACUGUGCCACUAGUGAAAGGAAAUCCUGUCUAGAGUAUGUUUCUUUACAAAGCUGUGUCACACCAUCCUUUGGGCCCUCUGCUGGAAAAGUAGAAUCAAGUCUCAAAUAAUGCCUUUUAAAUCGUAUCCUCUAGUAUUAUAGAUGUAGGACAGUACUGUAUCAUACCUCUGUGGAUGUAAAAUAGCUUGUACCUGCUUUAUGAUACGUAGUAGUGACCAUGCUUUAUCAGAGCUGUUUUUAAUGAUGUUGCUCAGAAUGUUUUCUUUCCAGAUGAUGAUUGAGAAGCUAAUUUAAAAAAAAAAUGGUGCCAGGUACCACAAGAGUAACAGAACUGUGCUGUUUUCUCGGGUUUUGUUUUUUUACUUUUUUUUUUUUAAUGGAGUGUGCUGGAUGUCUCUACAGUUUUGUUCAGAUGACUGCAGAACCUGGAAAAGCUGUUGCUGCUGUUGAUGCAUAACACACUGCUAUUAUUGGUCUUUUUAUAUAAAUAUAAAUAUAUAUACAGAUAUAUAAUUUGAAUUUUUUGAAACUUUAGUUGUGCUGUCAACUUUGGAAAAAAGUAUCCCUGUUUACUGUGUUGAGUUGGCACUGUACAGAAAUUAACAGCCAUAUUGGUCUAGAAAUGUUGAACUUAAGUUUUUUCCAUUUGUACAGGGGUAACACACUGUAUUAAAUAUGUAAGGUCUUAUCUACGUGGGUUUGAUUACAAAAACUAAUAAAGUAUUCUCUAAAUUAAAAAAAAAGAAA